AAGUUAUUAACUCAAUGGCAAAUUUGUAAAUUUUUAAAGAUCAGGGGCAAAUUUGUAAUUUCAUUAGGAGGGGGGGGUGGCGAUAAAAUGAAAAAGGUGGCGACAAAUAAGAAUCGGGUUCGUAAAUUGACCAAUUAAUAUUCACCAAUUAGUUUUAAUAUUACUACUUACUAGUUGGAUGAUGAAAGGUUUAAGGGUGGUAUUGGGAUUGUAGUGAAGUAGUUAGAGAUGGUUAUUAGUUACGUUCUUUUUUUUCAACUAAAAUUUAUGAAUUUUAAGAUUAAACUUUAAAUAUGAUUUUUCAUGAAUCCAUAUGAAUAAAUACACGUAUCUGAGAUCUUGAUAGAUUUUUCUCAAUAGAUAUUUUCUAAAUAUUAAUAUUUUAAAAUUUUUAAAAACUCACAAUUAAAAUUAUUUAAAUUUUAAGUUUACAUUAGAAUCUGCGCAAAAAUGGUUGAGAAAAACAAAUAAAAAUAGAGGAAAUAAUACCCUUUAAAUUAAAUAUUUGAAAGUUUUUUGAAUUAUAAGGUGCAAACUUAGAAGGACAGAACAAGAAAUAUAUUAAACUUUUAUGUAUGGGGUGGUUUUGAAAUUUUUUUUUUUAAUUCGAAAAUAGACUAGAAAAUCUUUACGGAUAAAAGAAAGAAAGAAUUAAUUCUUACUAUAGGCAUUAAGAAAUGGGAAAAUUCACAAAAAAAUUAAUAUUAAUAAUCUCACAUUUCACCUAUCCACCGUAAAUAAUCCCACAUUUUAAUUAUUUUUUAAUAAUCCAACAUUUUCUCUCAAUUUCGUCCCUAAUAACUUGUUAUACCAGGUUAUCAAAAUUAAAAAAAGAAGAAAAAGAAAGGAAAAAAAAAAGAAAAACUGAUUUCUAAGUCCCCUCCCCUUCCAAUACCUCAUCUCAAACACCCGGCCACCGCCUACCGCCCACCUUCACCACCACUGGCCACCCCCUUCUCCUCCCUAGCAACGACGACCACCCACAGCAACUCAACCCACCGCGAGAACCCCUCUUCCCCAUCCCUAUCAAUGUCCUAAACCCACCAUUCUUCAUCAUCAAUGGCUUCUUUAUCAUCUUCAAAUUAAAAAAAAGUGAUGAUGAAGAAAUGGUGAUGAAGAAUCGAUUGUUAAUGAUGAAGAAAUUAAUGAUCUGAUGAAGAAAACUGAGGGGUUUAAGAAAAUUGAUGAAGAAGCCAUUGAUGAUGAUGAUAAAGAAAUAGUGAAUUUGGAAGAUUGGUAAGGAUAGGAGAAGUGAGUCUCGCAGUGUGGGGGAGGGCAGAGGAGGUCUUCGUUGCUAGGGGAGGAGAAGGGGGCGGCCAUUAGUGGUGGAGGUGGCUGGAUUUAAUUGUUGGAAGGGGAAGUGAAUCAGGAAAAGGAAGCAACACCACAAAGAUCGCUCUUCUAAUUAGUAUUCCCGUAUUCAUAUCAAUUGCUCUUCUACUUGCUAUUUGUUUCUUGUGUAGAAAUAAAUUUAAGACCAGAAAAAAUACUCAAUCAUCAUUAUAUACAAGUGUUGAUGAUAAAGAGAAAGAUGAAGAAAGCAGAAUGUUAGUGUCUCUACAAUAUGGUUUUGACACCAUUAAAAUGGCCACGGAUAACUUCUCCCAUUCUAAUAAACUUGGACGUGGUGGAUUCGGCACAGUUUAUAAGGGAAAAUUAGUAAAUGGGCAAGAGAUUGCUGUGAAAAGAUUGUCAAAAGAAUCAGGACAAGGUGAUGGAGAAUUUAAGACUGAGGUUAUGUUAGUGGCCAAGCUUCAACAUCGGAAUCUCGUUAGACUACUUGGAUUUUGCUUAGAAGAUGAUGAACGACUUCUUGUUUAUGAAUUUGUUCCCAAUACAAGUUUAGAUCAUUUCUUAUUCGAUGCAAGCAAGCAAUCAUAUUUGGAUUGGAAUAUCCGAUAUAAGAUUAUAACAGGCAUAGCUCGAGGAUUGCUAUAUCUUCACGAAGAUUCUCGACUUCGAAUCAUCCAUCGUGAUUUGAAGGCUAGCAACAUACUUUUAGACGCUGAUAUGAAUCCCAAGAUUGCAGAUUUUGGCAUGGCAAGAUUGUUUGAUAUCGAUCAAACCCAAGGAGAUACCAAUAAAAUUGUUGGUACCUAUGGGUAUAUGGCUCCGGAAUAUGCAUUUCAUGGAUUCUUUUCAGUAAAAACAGAUGUCUACAGUUUUGGCGUACUUGUACUAGAAAUCAUUACAGGUAGAAAGAGCUACGGUGUACAUAAUGAAGAAGACUCAGAAGACCUUUUAAGCUUUGUAUGGAGGAAUUGGAGAGAAAAUACGGUGGUAAAUAUAAUUGAUCCAAGAUUAAGAACAGAAACAAGAACAGAGAUGAUAAGAUGCAUCCAUAUGGGAUUGUUAUGCGUUCAAGAGAGUGUAGAAGAUCGACCAACUAUGUCUUCAGUUGUGUUGAUGCUUAGUAGCCACUCGCUCACUCUGCCUCUUCCUUCUCAUCCUCCGUUCAUAAGUGAUGGUAACAGUGUAGCUAAUGCCAAGGAUUCAUCCCCAGGGAGUUCAUCUAUAAAUCAGGAUUCUAUCUCUGACCUCCAUGCCCGAUGAGAUUCAAGGUGUCGAAAAUCCCAUAAAUUCUUAUAAUUAUAUGAUUAAACUCUUGUUACUGUCUAUGAAAUGUCGGAUUAAUUACGUUAUUAAAUAUGAUAUUGUUAAUUACAAA